AUGUUAGAAGCAAAAGAGGAAACUCAUCGCUUAAAAGCAGGAGCAUAUCAGGCAUGUAUAUUUACCAAAAGGGAAUUAAUUAGGGUCAUUAUUAAAGUGUAUGAUACUACUAAGGAAGGUGCACGUAGUAGAUUAUUCCCAGCAAAUUUUGUAGAACUUAUUGAUCCUGAGAAAAUACUAAAUAGAAGAAUGAAUUUGUAG